AUGGGCUGCGUGUGGUCCAAGUCUCAGUCGUCCUCCGUGUCUAUCCGACAGAAGCUAGACAAUCUUCUGGUGAAUUCGUACGAAACAUACGUUGAGCUGGUGGAGGAACUGAAGCAGAUGAUGGAGUACAGAGCCGAGACGAUAAAGGAGAUGAAUUCCGUGGCGGACAAACUGGACCGGAGACGCCGGGACGCGAAUAUCGUCAGGCUGGCCGCGUCCACUUCGAGUGUCCUUGGAGCGGCAGGAGUUGUGCUGGCUAUCGCUCUUGCCCCAGUCACCGGCGGCGCUAGCGCACCGUUCGGGGCCGUGGCGGGAACAGCAAUGAUGGCGGGAGCCGCGGGGUCCGUAGGCACGGAGGUUACCGAGAAAGUACUGGAAAAAGUUGAUCUUGCUAAAGUGCAAAGGACUGUGGACCGAGACAGAGAGCAAGGAGAUAGAGUAAAGGCCCUGUGGGAGAAAUUUAACACCAACUGCACCAAUAUCAUCGAUACAAUUGAGUUGGUCAAUCCUAGGGAGCCUGAAGUGAAAGUAUUCAAAGAGUGUGUUCUGAUGGCGGCGAAAAAAACAAAGUCGGCAGUUUCUUUGAUUGCUGAAUCCCUCCAAGCAGUGUACAAAGAGCUGACUACAUCGAAUGGAAAAAGCACGGGUGAGCAAAAUGCUGAACCGACUGCUGAAAAGGUUUCCAGUGCUUUGCUUUGUAAAGCAAAGGAGAUAGUGGAAAAAGUCGACUGGAAGAGUGUUGUAGUUGAAAAUCCUUUUGUUGUGACUACUGUUGCUACGUUUCUGCUAAUAGCUACGAUCUGUGUGUGGAAUCUUACAGAGCUCAUUGAAAUAUCAAUAGACCUUCAUGAGGGCUCACUCUCUGAAGUUGCAAAGGACAUUCGUGAAAAAUCUUCUCGAUUCCAGAAAGAAUACGAACAGUGGAAGGAAGACUGGUGA